GCGGAAGCGGAAGGGGCUCUGUUCGCCGCCUUUUCCACCGGCCCGAUGAGCUGCAGCGGCUCCGGCGCGGACCCCGAGGCGGCGCCAGCCAACGCCGCCUCGGCCCCGGGCCCCGCGCCCCCGGUCUCGGCCCCCGCCGCGCUGUCUGCCAGCACCGCUGCGGAGAACAAGGCCAGCCCCGCGGGGACCGCAGGGGGACCUGGGGCUGGAGCCGCGUCUGGGGGCACGGGACCCGUGGCGGCGCGGGCUGGGGAGCCGGCAGAGCGGCGCGGGACGGUUCCAGUGUCAGCGGGCGGCGCGGCGCCCCCAGAGGGGGCCUUGUCUAACGGGGUUUACGUACUGCCUAGUGCGGCCAACGGAGACGUGAAGCCAGUGGUGUCCAGCACGCCUUUGGUGGACUUCCUGAUGCAGCUUGAGGAUUACACGCCUACGAUCCCAGAUGCAGUGACUGGUUACUACCUAAACCGUGCUGGCUUUGAGGCCUCAGACCCACGCAUAAUUCGGCUCAUCUCACUAGCUGCCCAGAAAUUCAUCUCAGAUAUUGCCAAUGAUGCCCUACAGCACUGCAAAAUGAAGGGCACGGCCUCUGGCAGCUCCCGAAGCAAGAGUAAGGACCGCAAGUACACUCUAACCAUGGAGGAUUUGACCCCUGCCCUCAGCGAGUAUGGCAUCAAUGUGAAGAAGCCACAUUACUUCACCUGAGCCACCCAACUUAAAUGUACUUGCUUGUCCCCAUGUCCCCAUACCAGCCUGUUUUCAUAAUAAACUUUAUUGUGACAGGCAGGGCUGGUCCCUCCCAUGCUGGGA